GUCCACGCGCAUUUCAGGCGCACCCCAAGCCCUGUCUGUCUCGUCGCCUCUCCUCUCUCCUGCUCUUGCUUGUUUCUGUCGACGUAUCUGAGCUCCAUCAUGCGUUUCUGGCUAUUCUCUCGUCCGUGGUGACAACCGUGCCGUUGUGUAUCCUUUCCAGGCCUUUCCAUUUGUCCCACAACAACUCUUGCUUCAAUUGCUACACCAUGGGCUCACGAGGCUAGCAAUCUACUCGACGGCAAGUGCCUCUGGCCGAAACCAGACCGUCGACCUCCUCGCGUGGCGAGGCUGAGCGCCAGUUUUCCCUAUUAAACCCCUCCAAAAUAUCUAGGUCCUAAAAAUCACGAUCCAUCGAUAAGACUUCCAUAACCGCCCCCAAUCCUACCUGAAAUCCCCUUUUGGGGAAGCGAGCCUUCCCCCCAACCCGAACCCCAACCCCGGCCCAACAAGCCCCCCAUGGCGACCCUACCGGAUGGGUGGGACUUCGACUACGACGGCUCCCGGUGGUUCUACCGGUACAAGCCGUCCGGGGUGACGCAGUACACCUUCCCGCAGCCCGGCGACGAGUACCCGGAGUUCGUCGAGACGCUCGCCAGCAGAUUAGCGCCCGAGGAAAAGCUCGAGAGCCAGCAGCAGGUCAAGAGGAGGAGCACGACUCUUUCGGUCCGCGGGGCCGCGCACGCGCCAAGGAGGGGGGCCGACGGCCCGGCCUCGGCGGCAGCGAGGGUGCUCGGCCCCGACCCCGACGACUGGUUCCGGCCCGAGAGCUUCAUGUUUCUUGGACCCGGUAGCUAUAACGACGUCAGCCCGAUGCAGGAGGAGGAGGAGGAGGAUAUUGGACGGGGCCUCGGGGGCGGUGAGGUGGCUGGGAGGACGGAGGAGGGGAACAGGGAGGUGGAGAACAACGCGGUGGCGGGUGCUACUGACACGGAUGGUCUGGCGGGGACGGGAGGCGCACAAGUCUCGCCUGUUGUCAGCGCUGAGGCCACACCCCAGGUCAGUGAGAGCCGGCCCCCCGUCACAGCGCGUACUGCCGUUCCGGAACCCAUGAUUACCCCCUCAGCUCCCAGAGUCGAUGCCUCGACUGCCUCCACGCAAAUUUUCAUACCAGGCGAUACUGCCGCAGCCAUGACCCCUGCUGCUCCGUUGAUAAAUAGCAGGGCCGUCCCACAGACCUUCUCCCCGGUUGGGUUCAUGGCGGAGCUGGAAAGCGAUGCCACACUUCUCUGCGGGGAGGAGAGGAAUCCCGCCCCGGUGGAACUUGCGAGUAAUGACAUGAUGAUGAUGGCUGAGCCUCUGGGUACGACGCCCCAGACGAUCAAUGAUAGCGUCUUUCAGAUGGAGCCUGCCGAGCUACCUGCCCAGACGUCACCGGUCGAAUGGCGUGUGGAAACCGCCCCUGCAGAGCAGAAGGUGUUGGGGUUUUAUCAUGAAGGUCCAGCAGCGCAGACACAUGCUCAGCAACCAGCACAAUCGCAGGCCCAUUAUCAGCAACAGCUUCCUCAACAACACCCACACCCCGAGGCAGGACCCUCUCAGCCAGUGAAUGGGUCGGGCCAGACCUUCAAAAUAACCAGGAAGCCCACCGUGAAUGGAGCGAGGCCUGGCCAGUAUCAGGCUUUUACCCCUGGGCAGCAUAUCGCUAGUGGCAGUAGCAGACGGACGUCCCUUGUUUUGGGAGCCCAUAGCAUCACACAAACCCAGGAUACAGAACUCGGGAUUGCGAAUAAGAGGCAUUCCCUUGCCGGGCCGGUUCUUUCAACUCUUGGAUCGUCCGAAAUCCCAGCGGCGUUACAGCCGCCCCAUAUUCCGCAUCCCGCGGCUGGUCUCAGCCAAACACCACACCCUCGUCCCCUAGUACCCGGCUCUGUUGCGCGGCAUGACAGCAUUCCCAUACCGCCAGGUCAACAAAUCUUGGCGGCUGGGCAAGCCCACCCAUCAGGCCUGUCCCAUUUCCCGUCUGUUCUGAGGCCUGCGCCAGGCCGUCCGACUGGGACGUUGGCCCAGGCCGGGGCUCCUGUGCCUCAGCAGCCUCCCGCUCCCCAUUUCUACAUGGCGUAUAAUCCA